AUAAUUCAACUAAAAUUACUCUCAAACAAAACAUGCAACACCCAACAACAAAAUACGUUAAACUUUCAUUUGCUUUAAUCUUCCUUUUCAAUAUUGCCUCGGCAUCCAUUUUUUCUGAUGAUGUCACAGAGGCUACAAGUAGCCCAGAUACUACCACAACUGCAGUUGCAAUUAGAGCCAAGAGACAGUGCGGUGGAAUGGGUGGAUGUUGUGGAGGAAUGAGUGGAUGCGGAUGUGGAUCUAUGGGAAUGUGUGGGCAGACAUGUUGCCCAUCAGCCCCACCACCAUGCUCAUGUGGAACUCCGGGAUGUAUGCAAUGUGUUCAACAGACGGUUCUUGUUCCAGUCACCACUACAACCUGCUGCAAAUGUUGCCAGCCAGUGUGCACCAAUGCUUGCACUAAUGGAGGAGGAUGCUCGUGUGGAUGUACUCGUGGUGGAUGCUCCAGAAAGAGACGUUCCCUUUUGGCAAUUGCUAGUGAGGAAAUGAGCAAGAGAGGAGAUGUUAUGGUCUAAAAAAUUCACUAUUUAUUUAUUAAUGUACUCCGAUUAGAUGUAGAUUUAUUUAUUUAUUUAUUUUUGUACUCACUGUAUUUGAAGUGAAUAAACGAAAAUGUAU